CGAGGUGCUUAAGAAGAUCUAGCAGCAGGUGCUCGACGCCACCUUCCGCGAACCUCGUUCUGGGCUAAGGAAUGGGCAACCUAGGACCUCAAACCCUACCUAAGUCUCCUACUCUGCACCCUAACCACCAUGAUAGAUGUCCAGUCCACUUUCAACAAGCAAUAUAAACAUCGCAUCACCCUCUAUUCGGGCGACAGCACCCAAGUCUACCGCUCUGCGAAGCGACACGGUGCCCGCAAUUUCCCCGCUUCUUGCUCAGCAAAUUCAGGUACUGGCUCUUCAUAUGGGAGCACGGUAAGCCAAGGUGCCGAGUGAAGCGUACAAUUUCAGCGCAAUGAAAGAGGUUCUCCGUCUUACGGCCGAGCUUGAUUCGUCAACAAACGAGCUGCAUUCUCUGCAGAAGGAGGCAGAAACUGCACAAGCAGAGAAUAUCACACUAAUGCUUGCUCGCGACAAAGCUCUCGCGCUUCCGCAGGCUGUCAGAGAGGUCGUUGGGCUCAUGCAGGGUUGUCACGAGCGCUUUGACACCUUGAAGGGGGAGCUCAAGGUCGAAAUGUGUGGCCAGUACCCAAAGACGAAGCUCUAUAUCGUUUGUGCCAAGGCGUCGGUGACUGGAACUGUAUACUGGGUAAAAGAUGAUAUGUCGUUCUGGCUGCGUCUUACGCUAACUCUCACUGUCAGUUACCACUGCCAAAGAUACUUUCCCUAAAGCGGUCAGCAAACGGCUUCGACGGCGUGCAGAUCGAGCUGAGAUUUCCGUCACUAAGCCUCCAGUGAUAGAUGGGCUUUGGGAG